AAUUCGAGAUGGUAAACAAUUCCAAAAAGUGACAGAUACUGAGAUAGAUAUGACUGAACGAUUUAGGGUUCAAAGUAACCAUGCAUUACAGCUAACCUAGCUCUUCAAUUACAGACAUUGUAGAUCAGUAUGUUUGGUAAUCUAUUUGGCAAGACGACAACCACUAUAGCCACUGGGGGCAGUGACACAAGUGGUGAUGCUGCUAGUGCAGGAUUUACGACCUUUAUAGGGAAAGUUAGCAGGGCGAAUUCUAAAAGUGAUGAAGCUCACGUCGUUGCCACAGAGCUUAAGAAUCUGGCAGCUAACAUAGCAGCUCCAAAUCAGUCGAUGGUACAGAUGAGGGAUUAUCUGUGUCGUGUGGCGUACAUCUGCAUGAUGGGAUAUGAGGUGGAGUUUGCCUGUAUUCAUGCGGUCAAACUGGCACAGCUGGGCACAAAUUAUGAUAAAAGGAUAGGAUACCUGGCGUGUUGUCUGCUACUGCACAGAAAUCAUGACCUUAUCCUACUGCUGAUCAAUACAAUACAGAAGGAUUUGAAGAGCAGCAACAUCCUUGACAACCUGGCUGCCAUGACAGCAGCCGCCCAGCUGGUACCUGCUGAGCUGAUCCCCAGCCUUCUACCAAUGAUAGUGGCCAAACUUCAGCAUCAGAGGGAGCUGGUACGUCAGAAGGCUGUUCUGUGCCUACACCAGUUUCAGUUCCUGGCCCCUGAUCUGUUGGCUCACUGCAAGGAAAGCCUGGAGAGAGCCCUACUGGACAAAGACCCUGGUGUCAUGGCCGUCGCAGUGCAGCUUGUGGCAUACAGUAUACAGAGAAAUGCUGCAGGCUGUAUCCACCUGGGGGACCCGCUUGUGUCUGUGUUACAGCAGAUUGUUGCCAGGAAGCUGUCGGACAUUUUCAACUAUCAGACCAUUCCGUUCCCAUGGUUACAGAUACAGAUAAUCAAGUGUCUCUCAGCAUUAGUGCCCCAUAGUGAGGUAUUGAAAACAAAGGUAUCCAGUAUUAUCAGAGUAAUUCUACAAAGAAACAGUAUUAAAGAAAAAAUGGCAUUUGCUAUACUCUAUGAGUGUAUACAGUGCAUAGUGAAGAUGGCUCCUGAGAAAGAUCUGCUGGAUGAGUCAGCCCAGCAUGUGAAGAGGUUCGUCAACUCCAGCAACCCCAACCUUCAGUACAUUGGAGUGAAGAUGCUGGUGUCUUUAGUGGCUCUUAACCCUGCCUAUGCCGUGGAGUAUCAGGACAUGAUAGUGCAGUCACUGGAGCAUAAGGACACUGUCAUCCAUAAAAAGAUGCAUGGUGUGCUGUAUGGUAUAGCAUGUGAAGCAAACGUGAAGGUGGUGUGCUCCAAACUGCUGCAGCAACUCAAGAUCAGCUCGGACAGAUUCUGGAAAGCUGAACUUGCUACAAUGGUUGUAAGCCUAGUUUCAAGGUUUCCUGUGGAGCCUCAAUGGCAGAUCAACAGUCUAUUUAACACAUUGUGGUGUAGCUCAGGGGAUUUGGACAGAACUAUGUUGAAAGACAUCAAGCAGCUCAUUGGAGAUAGAUUCUUGUCUAAAGACUGUGAUCCCCAGUGUCAGCAGUACCUGCUUCAGAAAUGUAUAUCAGCCCUCGUGUCCGACAAGACAGCCAUACCUUUGCUGCAGAUUGCAUUAUGGAUUGUUGGUUCACUGUGCUCAUUUCUAAAAAACAUGGAGGAUGACAAAGUUCUAAUGUUGUUCACAAAUCUCCUCCUGCAAGAAAACAUGCCCUUCUCCAUCCAGAGUGCUGUAAUUACCUGUAUACACAAACUGGUGGCCAUGGGGAUAGUGGAGCAGGUUUCCAUGGCAACGAAAUUGACUGAAUGUCUGUCACAUGAAUUACCUCUUGUUAUUAAACAGCAAUUAAAUAUUAUUAUCAAGAUGUGUUCAUUGAAGUUAAAAGUGGAUCCAAGUGAUACUGUUGUCAUGGAUUUGACUUUGACCUUUCUGGAUGACCUUGUGUGCGCCAGACUGGAGGCAGGGGCAGAGCCAUACAGGCCGUCACACCUUAGACAUUCACUCCCAGGUCAGCACAUUAUACUCACUUCGCAGUCCCCUGCAGCCCCUAGUUCAGGGCUGGAGGUAGAGGAGGUGGAUGAGUCCAUGAUAGGGGACAGGGCCACUGUGGACAGCUCUUCAUCCCCCAAGACUGACACAGAGAGGGACAGUAGUUUGAUUCAGCCAGAUAUAAAACGUGUGUGGGGAAAACAGGGUCGUUUAGAUGCCUCAAAAGAAAAGAAAUCAACUCCCAAGAAUUUAACUGGCCAAAAGAGAACGAGUAGUGAGCAAGACAAUCUGGCAAAAGCUCUCUUUGGAGGAUUGCAGAAAAACGAAAAGGCUUCCUUGAAAGUUUUUACUGGCUUUGAGGAUGAUGACCAAUAUGACGACUAUCUCAAUAAUUUCAAGACAGAUUUGCCAGGACCGUGGAGCAAUAGACUGAGAAGUUCAAUACCAGAAAAUGUCAAUGUCGAAACUAUGAGUAUACGAAACACUGGCAUAAUACAAGAAAGUUUCAAUGUUUUAAACCAAUUUGCAAUGUCUAAUGAAAGUACUAAAACCCCCAAAGAAAAUGAAAUUGAUUAUUUACAACUUCAAGGUGAUAUUAAUCUGAAGAAAGAUGCUUCCAAUGAGAACAAUGGGGAGCAGAUAUCAGAAGGCAGUUUGUACAAUGACCUUAAUAAUAAACUUGCUGGUGCCGAGGUUGACUUUGACGCGCAACUUUCACAGUUGCUAGAAGCCAGUGUUACUUCAGGUGAUGUCCAUUGUCUUCACCGUACCGACGGUUUCUUCAAAGAGGAUCCUGUGUCUAAAACAGCAGUUAGUGAAAUUGCAUUGGAAAAUGAUGGUUUUUUGGAUGUGGAAAGCUGUAGGAUUAAGCAUUCUAUAUACACAGACAGUGACUAGUUAUUGUGGUGUGUUUUAAGGUGAUGUAAUGAAAACAAAUAAAUGCUUUUACUUUA